AGUCAGUCAAUGUAUCAAUCUGGAAUAAUCACUUAGCUUUAAAACGACAUCACUGAACAAUGUUAUUAAAGGAGUCUCAGCUGAACCUUUAGAAGUAGAGCCCUUGAAGUUUCUGGUUAUUGCAAGUUUUGUGCAACAAAAUGGCUCAAUACUGGUGUCUGCGUCCGCUUAACAGAGGUGCCUGCUGAAUGCAGGCUUAUUUCACAGUAAAUGUGGGAAGAAAAUUAAAUUUAGUUUAAUGUGGGGUCCGCUUAAUACAGGUAUUACUAUAUGCCCAUCACUAAAUUUCUGGCCUGGGUUGUUCAAAACAUGGAUAACGGCAUCCACUGGAUAAAUCAAUUUCCAGUGAAUAGUGUGGUUUGUUUUGUUAACCUUAAUUCACUGGAUAGCGAUUCACCCGGCGGAUAGCGUUAUCCAGCCUUUGAACAACCAGGGCUAACACAGUACACUGUAACUUGCGAGUAACUUGUGAAUGCAUGAUGUUCAAUGAGUUUGCCAAAUUAACAGAAAGGUCUCUCAUUAGUCAAAGCAAAAUGCUAUCCUAGGCUAGCUAAGAUUCACAAGUUGUUCACAAGUUACUGUCAAUUCCUCUUAUACCGGCCAUUUUUUCCUGUGCAGGAACUUUUGUUUGCCUAACCCCACAAUCAAAAAUUUAAUGGUUCAUCCCUCGUUAUCUUAGAGAGGUUUAUAGUAGUAAUUCUGCAUCAUUCAAAACACCACAAGAGUAAACUGUAAACAAUGCAUAAACAAGAUUGCAAAGUUCUUCAAAUUAAACAAGAAAUCGAAAUUACUGUGCAAGCUUUUAAUGAAACUAAUUAAGAACCGGUAAUCUACGCUAAAAUUGCUGUUAAACGUGUUUAUCUUGCACAUAAGGAAUCCUUCCUACAAUUAACAAACAACAAAAAAAAGUCUUGUGAUUAUCUUUUCCUAUUCCAAGCCGCAGGUGCCCGCUCCUUAGCCAAAGAAAUAACGUUGCGUUACUUCAUUGGCGGAGGGGAAAAGUUUGAAAACUUACCUCUUUUAGAAGAACAGGCACGCUUGAAAUCUCAAAUCCAUACGUUACACCAUAAAUCUCCUCUGCGUUGAAGUAUGGAUGCACUAGCGAGACGUAAACACCGAAAAUAUUAAAAAUAAAUAAUUCCCUCGAAGCCUUCCCUCCGUUCACCAUUUUGUUGUUUUUUAAAUCCCGCUUAGAAUCAUGGGAGGUAUUUAGCUUUGUAACCUGGCAUAUAUGCUUAGUAACCAAGCUAACCAAAAUGGCGGACAGCAGGCUUAAGUUUCUUCUCCAUCCAGUUUCUCUACGGCAACAUGUACUGCAGUGGCUUGCCGAAGACACUCCAAAUUUCGAUUACGGUGGUUUUGUUGUAGGAGAAAGCGAGGAGACUGCAGUUUUGCUGUGCAAAUCGAGAGGUGUCUUAGCAGGCGUGCCUUUUUUCGACGCAAUAUUCCACGAGUUGGGUUGCAAAGUGGAAUGGGUGUUUUCAGAAGGGGCGCAAGUAGAACCUGCGACUACAGUGGCAAAAGUAACUGGGAAAGUUAACAAGAUCCUGUUAGGAGAGAGAGUCGCCUUGAAUUGCAUCGCAAGAGCAAGUGGCAUCGCGACAAAAGCUAGAACAUUGGCAAAUCUUAAACAGGAACAUAAAUGGCAGGGCGAAAUAGCGGGAACUCGGAAAACCACCCCAGGUUUUCGCACGGUGGAAAAAUACGCUAUUCUCGUUGGUGGAGUUUCGACGCAUCGCUACGACCUGUCCUCCAUGAUCAUGCUCAAAGAUAAUCACAUCUGGACUGCGGGAAGCGUCAAGCAAGCGGUGCAAGAUGCGAGGAAGGUUGGAGGAUUCUCCAUUAAAAUUGAAGUCGAGUGCCGCAGUAUCGACGAAGCGAGAGAAGCUGCCACUGCCGGAGCCGACAUCGUUAUGCUGGAUAACUUUGAACCUGAAGCGCUUCACAAGGCUGCUGAGGUAUUAAAGCAAGAAUUUUCACAUCUCUUGAUUGAAGGAAGCGGCGGUGUUAAAAUGGAAAGCAUUGCGCAAUAUUUCGGGCCACAUGUCGAUGUUAUUUCAAUGGGUUCUCUAACCCAGGGUUAUGAGGCGGUUAAUUUUUCGCUGAAAAUUUUGAAGGAAGGUCAUAACCCGCACAAUCCAGUUGUCAAAACCUGCUGAACAUCAAUUUUUGUAAAUUUUAAAAUUCCCACUAAAAGCAACACAGGAACAAUAAAUUCAAGAU